AUGGAGGAAAUGAAAGAAGUUAUUGAGACUCUCAAGCAAAUGACUUUAGAGGAGAAUUAAUAAGCUUCAGGGGGAAAUGAGAGUACAGUAGAAGAAACGAAAGAAAACAUGUAUAUUAGAAGAGAACGAGUCUAUCCUGAUAUACCAAGACAAGUUGGCUUUGCAUUCGAUAAUUUUAUGCUCUUACACGAAAAUUUUAAGAGAGAUCAUCCUGAGAGACCAGCAAGAUUAAUGUCAAUCUAUACUCAUUUAGAAAAAACUUAAAUACUUAAACAGCUUCCAAAGAUUGAGUUUGAGUCAGUUGAUGAGAAGUAUUUGAAGAUGACACACGACUAGAGUCUUAUUAACACAGUAGAUUUGAGUAUUUAUAAUUCCAAAGAACUAAGAAGAGGAAAUGAAGUUCCUAAACUAGCAAAAGAAACUCAUUACAUUGAUAAUGAUGUCUACGUCAAUAAAUACACAAAAGAGUGUGCUUACUUAGCUGCUGGUGCUUCGGUUGAAGCAUGCAAAUAGGUUUAUUCGUAAGAAGGCUAAAUGGAUGCUGCUUUUGCAGCUAUCCGACCACCAGGUCAUCAUGCUUCAUGCGAGAAGAUAUCAGGAUUUUGUUUAUUCAAUAAUGUUGUUGUUGCUGCAAAAUAUUUAUAAUCAGAGCUUGGGAUGAAGAAGAUAUGUAUUUUUGAUUGGGAUAUUCACUGUGGAGAUGGAACAUCCCAAAUUCUAUACUAAGAUGACUCUGUACUAUAUAUCUCAUUGCAUAGAUAUGAUGAUGGUAUGUUUUAUCCUGGUAAAGCUGGAUCACCAGAUUUGAUCGGGGAAGAGAAAGGAAAAGGCUUCAAUAUUCACUUCGCAUUUUCUGCUUAUUCGAAUAAAAACAUUUCUGAUAUGGAAUACAUCUACGCUUGCACAGACUUAUUAUUCCCAAUAAUAAAAGAAUUCGGUCCUGAAGCCAUCUUAAUUUCAUGCGGAUUUGAUUCUGCUAAAGGAGACCCAUUAGGAGGUAUUGGAGUGACCCCACUAGGAUAUUCUUGGAUGACUUAUGGAUUAAUGAAAAUUUGCCCUGACAUUGUUGUGCUUCUUGAAGGUGGUUAUAAUCUUGAUGCUCUUGCACUUAGCAGUGAAGCUGUAAUUUCGACUUUGAGGAUAGAUCCAAACGAUCAAGAAUCAUUUGACAAAUACAUAGAAAAAAGAUGGUCAUCUGAAUAAACUUUCAACUAAUUAUCAGAGAAGAGUCUUUAGAAAGCAGCAAAAGAAUUCAGAGAACCUAAUGCUUAUUUGAGAAAACUACUUUAACCGUUUUGGAAGUGCUUACAACCAGAGUCAGCAAAGUGA